AUGUGCGAUGGAAUGGUAGCGUUUCCGACGCGAGCCCCGUCCUCCUCCUCUUCCGCCUCCUCCUCUGUAGCCCACAGGCUGGCUGCCUCCACGCUUCUCCUCCUCCUUCUCCUGCUCCCUCAUGGCCACGCAUCAGGUUGUGUACGUCCACCCAGCGUGCAGCACGGAUUCCUGCUGAACCAGACUGAAUCCAACCGGGGCUCAUUUCCCCCCGGCUCCCUGCUAAUAUAUGGCUGUGAUCCUGGAUACACAGCCACUGGACCCACCACCAUCUUUUGUACCAGUUCUGGAGGCUGGUCCCAUCCGCCUCCAAGCUGCAUGAAAAUCAAUGUUUGUCCUCCACCCACCGAACCAGAGAAUGGAGGCUACCGCUGUCACCCGUCUCCCUGCCACCGUCUAAUCCAUAAAACAGUCAUCGAGUACUUUUGUGAUGAAGGUUACGCUCUGAAGGGAGAUUACAAUUUCCUCACCUGCAAGAAUGGAGAAUGGGACCGUCCCUUGCAGAUCAGCUGCAGACUGACACAAGACAAGGAGCCAAGCUCUCCAGUGCUUAUUCCAGCUCUAUACAUCAUGAUGUACACUGCUGUUCCUGUGGUUCUCAUCCUGCUUUUAGUGGUGCUGUUUGUUCUUGUACAGCCAAAACUCAAGUCCUUCCACCUCAACAGGAGGGAGCAGGGAGUCUCCGGCCAGCCCUGCUCCAUCAUGGUGGAGGGCGUCCAGGUGACUCUGCCCUCCUAUGAAGAGGCUGUGUAUGGAAGCAGUGGGGUCUGCAGUGCCCCUGGCCCUCCCCCCUCUCCUCCACCACCUGCAGGCCCUCCGGAGUCUCGAGUCCCAAUUGUACUCUCUGAGGGGCUUCCCCAGGGAGCCAUGGGAGGCCCGGACUCUAGCAGAACCCGCCACCACAGAGACUUGGACUUCUGUCUCCCAUCCACCUCGUCCUCUUCGUCAUCCUUCUCUUCCCGCCGCCAUGCAGAAACGGUGCUGGUUCAUCAGGCGCCCUCCUCAUCCUCCUGUUCUUCCUCAUCAUCAUGGGCUCGAGAGCACCCUGGGGGUGCAUGUGCAGGCCCCCUCCCUCUGCGUAGAGACUCUGAGAGCAGCGACCAGCACAGUCUGCUUUCCGUCACCUCUGCAGACGAGUUUUCUGAUGAUAUUCCCUUGCUGAAGGAAGCAUGAAGCCUGCUGGCCUGCUAUCAGGAUCAGCAGCACCUCUUUCCUGAUUUCUCCCGCUGGCCGAAACUGACUGUGGCUGUUAAACCUGCUUGCCCUGCCUCCCCCUCUCCCCCGAGCAGCCAGCAGAGAAUAGAUUAGAACAACACUCAUUCCCCAUUGCAAAAUGUCUGCCAUUGCCCGUGCAGAGAAAAGCCAACAACCGAUACCAACAAUGCAUCAAAAGCAAUGAUGAAGCACCACAGGACCCAGCGGCCGGAUCAAACCGAAGACGAGCGAGACAAACAAAGGUGCCAGCUCAACGUAAAUCCUGUAGAUCCUGUGAAUACAAGUAAAUCAAGUUACCAUUACCAUUGCCAUGCCUUUAACCCCGAAUAGUCGUAAGCAUUAGGCUUCCUCUGUGGAGACUAAACACACUUUGAUUCUAUACAGGAUUCCUGUGGGCACAAAAAAAAAGAACCCGGUGCGUUUUGGUUCCUGACACUCUGUGGCGCUCGGAACCCAGAAUUGUCUUCCUGUUGCACUUGAAAAGUUGCGAUCACGCCUGGAUUUAUCGCGGCCCUCUUUGCGAAUGCUGCAUGUUGUUUUUUUGGUUAUGCUGUCACAGCACAUUGGCCCACUGCGAGCAAAGCAUGAAGCCUCCUCUGUCGCUUGCCCUGUGUAUUCUGUCGGCGUCUAGCAAAUGGAUUAGCAAGAGUGACAGCCUCUUCACAACAGCUACGGGCUGGGUGAGGAGAUCCAGCGGCACCAUGUCACAGACCGGCUUCUUUCUUUUCUGUCGCCACCUGCAAACAGUCUCCCACAGAAGGCACUCCUUCUGGCACAUGAGUUUGAUUAGUUGUUGUUUUGGCAUCGGGACUGCUAAAGACAAAAAUAAAUUGAGUAUCGCUCUCCGUGAGCUGCAGAAAUCUUCUUCUGAUAUUGGCGAUUAGGCACACAACUAAACUCUGAAGUUAAAUCCUGAUAAAUUUUCCUCCCAUCGUAUUUAAUGUUUGUGUGUGGCUCUGCUUGCUUAGAGUUUCUGAAUCUGGGUGCAUGUUUGUGGGUGAGUGUGUUCAUUUUUAUAUUCAAGCCAGGCAGGAGAGGACAUGUGCUCGCACGAUAGGCCUCCAUACAGCCAUGUCCUGGUUUGUCUGUCUCCUGAUCAGAGGCGGCCUUCACAAUAUCCGUCUUCAUGGGAAAGUAUCUCACCCACCAUAGACAAGUCACAUGAACAAAUCAGCGUCACUUCAGGCAUCGGCUUGGCUACACAAUAUGUGUAUUAUUCGUCCACUCUAACGCUAGACUACUUAUUUCCUGCCGAAUGGCUGUAAAACACAAUUCUUAAAGGAACUGGCUCACGCCCGUUUUCACACUGAAGACUGUCCACUGUUGCGCGCCGUGGACACAGACUGCAACUGGUUGCAGUGAAAUAAGAAAAGCUUUGUUGUAUAGCACCCCACCCCCUUCACUGAUACCCUGCCUCCCCUCUAAUGCCAAGUGCAGAUUUAAGAGAGAAUGGUCUGGUUCUGUUGGAAGUAAUCGUUGUUCCUUCCUUGCUUCUUGAAAAGUUUGGUAGUUGAGCUGGUCACCGUGGAAACAGCAUGACUUGGACACGUCCCGAGGAAUACUUUUCAAGCUGAACUGGAUAAAAAAAAAAAACACACAACAUGUCCAACAAUGUGUGAUUAAUUUCUAUGUCCUCAGUUUUAUUUGGCAUUUGUGAUUUGUCAUUGUCAAACGGCUACAUUAUUAAUGCAAACAAAAUGUUGCCUUAGACUUACUUUUUUUAAUGUGUAAUCAUAAGCCUCCAAAUUGGUUGCUUUACAGUGCAACGUGUUGUUUUCCUGAUGGCCUUACUCUAUUCUUUUCUAUUCUAUGCAUAAAACUGUCUUUCUAUUUAUCAAUGAGUUUACUUUUGUUGUGGGCACGACUAAACGAAUGUCCAUUCUUUUGUUUUCCCCGAGCUUCUCCGGCUACUGUGACGAUGAUAAUGAUGAUGAUAGUGAACUUAUAAAUACAAACAUUUCAGUUUUCCCCAGCCUCUCUUUUGCUGCAAGGCAUUACAUUAAAACCGAAUUGAGAUAAAAAACUUUAGGAAGCACCGUUGUACGGUGUGGAAUCCCUGAAAAUAACAGGUUAAAAAGUGAAGUCCACAUUUUGAUUCUUAAUUUCAACGCUUUAAGCUUUGGUAUUUUCCUCUGUACAUGGCAGUGGGUGUGAAGAUAGUAAUUUAAUAUUUGUAUAAAGUUUAAUUUAAUUUUACAGUGUGUAUAUAACUUUCUAAUUAAAGCUUUCUUUUAAAUGUGGAAGA